AUGGCUGCUGGGAUCAUGUCAGCAAGCCAAGUUCGGGGUUCUUUCCCCUCCCCCGCCCCCUCCCCCACCUUGACGACGCCAACGACAAGCCCGGAUGGCUUCGUUUUUGACGUCGUCGAGUGGGCGAGUGGGAACUUGUCCAUGGAAUAUCCAUUUACCCCCGCUUACACGGAAGCUGUCGCGCGCGUUGUGUUUUAUUGGAUCGCGGUCUCUCCGUCAUCGAUGCUCUCGUUUUUUCUGGUGUUUCUUCACGAUCUCUUCAGUGUUCAGAUUCUCCUCUCAUACCACUCAUAA